UUCGAAGCUAAAACUGUUGCUCAAAACUUUUAGGCAGCUUCUGUGAUCGUGGAGACUCAGUUCAUCCUCUCGAUUGCUCUUUUUAAAGAUGUCUGGUAGCAGCUCUGAAGAAAAGGGAUCCUAUGACAAUCCGGUCAGGUUCAAGGAUCAAGAGUAUGACACCCUUCUUCAAAGUUGUCUUAAAUCUGGCAUCCUGUUUUCAGAUGCGACUUUUCCAGCGAAUCAAAGUUCUCUCGUUGUGCCCGUGGAUCCUGACCCCAAAAAGGCAAUCAAAUGGCUGCGGCCGAAGGAAAUCAAAAGCAAUGCUGUCUUUGUUGAGGGCACCAUGGGCACCACCGAUAUCUGCCAGGGCCAGCUGGGCAACUGCUGGUUGCUGGCCGCCCUGUCCUGCCUCACCAUGCAUCCGACUCUGUUCGUGAAAGUGGUUCCGGCCGGCCAAAGCCUGAGUGAAUCGUACGCGGGCAUCUUCCGGUUCAGGUUCUGGCAGUAUGGUGAGUGGGUGGAGGUGAUAGUGGAUGACAAGCUGCCUGUGAGAGAGGGCCGUCUGCUUUUCAGCUAUUCUCGCAGCAGCAAUGAGUUCUGGAGCGCCCUGGUGGAGAAAGCUUAUGCCAAGCUGAUUGGUUCUUAUGGCAGUCUGAAGGGGGGUAUUAUCUCAGAGGGGAUGGAAGACUUUACGGGGGGUAUUGCUUACUCCCUCCCCGUGUCUUUACGGACCCCCCGCGUGCUCUGGAAAGCCCUUACCGCUGCCCUGGCAAGGAGCAGCCUGCUCAGCUGCUUCAUACAUGCUACGAAUGUGAAGGACAUUGGCAUUGUGACAGCAGAGGGUCUGAUCAAAGGUCACGCUUAUGCCAUCACUGAUACUGAUAAGGUCCAGAAGGAGUCUGAGGAGGUUCUGCUGCUGAGAUUGCGUAAUCCCUGGGGGUUUGUUGAGUACUGCGGGCCCUGGAGUGACAAGUGUGAGGAUUGGGACUGUAUAGACGGUGCUCAGAAGACAAGACUUGAGUUGGCCAAAGUUGAAGAUGGAGAAUUCUGGAUUGGUGUAGAGGAUUUCUGUCGACUGUUUAGUACAGUGGAAAUGUGCAGCGUAAAUCCUGAUUCUAUGUCAGGGGAUGCGAGUAAUGACACAGCAUCUCCUGUUUGGACUUUGAGCUCACAUCAGGGUACCUGGGUCCCUAUGUGCUCUGCAGGGGGCAGCCGUCGCUACCCAAAAUCUUUCUGGAAAAACCCUCAGUUCCGGCUGGUCGUGUCUGAGAAAGAUGUGGAUGACUAUGACUUUGGAGAGGAUGAGUUUAAUGUGGAUGACGCGGUAGGUGGAGAAGAGGAUGAAGUUGAUGUGGUGGCUCCUGCUAUUAAAACGGAGAAACAGGAAGAGAAAAAGAAGAAGGGGACAAUACUGGUGGAGCUUCUCCAGAAAUACCGCAGACAGAAAGAUAAAGUUAACUUCCUCUACAUUGCUUUCCACAUCUACAAGAUCCCACCUGAGCUGCAGGACAAACCUGGUUCUCUAGAUCAGCAGUUUUUCUCCAACAAUAGGCCAGUCGCUCGCUCUGGAAAAUACCGGAGCAUCAGGAGUGUGUGGAGGAAGGUGCAACUGGAACCUGGCAGUUAUGUUAUAGUGGCCUCUGUCUAUAGGCCCAACCAGCAGGGGGAGUUCUUCCUUCGUAUUUACACCAAAACCGCCAGCAUUCAAGGGUUUCAGGAUUUCCCCUGUACCAACAAUUACUCUGUGGCUGUAAUGUCAAAGCCGUCUUUACCUGAGGAUGAGUUCAGGGUCCAGAAGUGGUUUGAUGAGAAAGCUGGAUCGGAUGAGAGAGUGAAUGCCGUGCAGUUUAUGAAUCUGGUCAACUCAGUGUUGGAAAAAGACUAUGAACUUCCUCUGGAGACCUGCAGACAGCUCAUAUUUGGGGAGGAUACGGGUGGCAGAGGCCGGCUGUACAGAGCUCAAGCAGAGAAGCUGCUCACCUCCCUACGCAAUCUGCAGUCCAUUUUUUUCCAGUUUGAUGAGGACUCAUCUGGAACCAUGAGCCCGUUUGAACUCACUCUGGCUCUGAAUGCUGCAGGUGUGGAGUGUGACAGUGUUGUGGUGCAGAUGUUGUGGGAGAGGUUUGGCGCUGGUGAACUCUACCUGCCCUUCUAUGGCUUUGUGUCCUGUGUUGCCAGGCUGCAGGUGCUCUUUGAUCUCUACGAGAGGGAGACCAGCACAGAGGUGAAGGACAGUGGCAUCAAUGCUUGGCUGCUCAAGCUGUUGGCUAUAUGAGCCGGUCCAGACAUGACACCUCAGCAGGACACACUUGCUAGGCCAAGUCACUCCGACGUCAUCAGCCUGUGCCUGCGUACCCAACUCUCUCUAUCUUAUUUGUGUUGUAUUCGGACCUUUGCCCUGCAGUUGCAUCCACCCACACAUUGUUCUAUCAUUUGGGGUCUUAGACCAUGUUCUGUAGGUCAUUACUGUCCGGAUACAAAAUUGACUUUUCAUCCUUAACACACUACGUCUAUCCUGAGCAUUCAUAAUCAGCAAAAGAUUUGAUAUUGUUAAUGAGAUAGUCACGCAUUUAUUCAUUGUAACUGAAUUGUUGAUGAUGCUUUUAGUCAUGAAAUCGUCAUCAUUAUUAGUGUUGGUUUUACUGAUAUUUUGGUCGUAUUCCUUCACUUUCAUUUUAUGCAAUAAAAGCAGAAUCAUUUCCA